CAUCAUUAUGCGCAGGGAAGAACCGAAGACGCAUGCGAGAACAAUGUUACAGCAGUUGUCAUAUGAAAAUACCUUUUCUUUUUUCUUAAACCAGCGCAUGUAUCAACCAAUAUUUUUGUCAGUACUUUAAGGGAUCUCGUUUGACUUUGGAUACGAUUUUGCUAUCAAAGAUCCACAAUGCAUUCAGUGAAGGUCGGAAGUUUUGCCAUCCUCAUUUCCAAACAGCUGGCAGUUACACGCAGUUCUAGUAGAGCGCAGUAUUACGUCCCGCUAAUUUGCGAACAAAUCGCAUCAAUUUGUGUGAAUCUACGCAGAACGACAACAACAAGCUCACAGCCUGUGGUGAUCCGCAUCCCGAGACGCAUGCAAGAACAGAUAGAGAACAUCAAACAGAUGCAAAGCAAAAAGUUUGACAGACUGCCAACAGCCAAGCCGGGCAGACUGCUGAUCAAGAGCAAAAACCCACAGCAAAACCAGUCUGUCGCAUAUACACUUGGGAAAUUUGAGCAACCUGUUCUGACUUCUAAGGGAUGGAAACGAAACGAAGCACUAGGGGAUUACUUCACCAUUAACAGCACCCAGAGUGCUCCACCAUUUAUGGGAAAACAGGAGGGCGUGGGAGAUGACAGAGCUUCCCCCUUGAAGACAUUCGAUUGCUUUAAUAUUAGCCCAGAACUGGUUGAGUCUUUACAGAGUCAGAAGAUAAUUCACCCCACAACAGUGCAGAUGCAAACCAUUCCCAAGAUACUAAAGGGACGCAACGUUCUCUGUGCCGCAGAGACAGGAAGUGGUAAAACACUCGCUUACCUCCUUCCUAUCAUCCACAAGCUGCAGGCUGAAAAGCAGGAAGAGCAGAUCACAGACUCUGUGAGAAAAAUUCAUGCUGUGGUCGUGAUUCCAUCACGGGAACUGGCAGAACAAGUCGCAUCUGUAGCUCGUUCAAUUGGCCAGCGGUUUGGGCUUGUGGUCAAAGUUGCAGGGGGCGGGAGAGGUGUGGGAAACAUCAAAGCGGCGUUCUCUCACGGUCAGCCAGAUGUUUUAGUGGCCACCCCUGGUGCCCUGCUGAAGGCCCUGUGGAAGCGGUUUGUCAGUUUGAGCGAACUAAACUUCCUUGUGAUCGACGAAGCUGACACCAUGUUUGAUGUCAGCUUUGCAGGCAUGCUUGAGAAUAUUCUCUCCCAUGCCCAGGUGGCAUCCAGACUCUCUGAGACGGUUGGGCUCACCCGUAAAGCUCAGCUGAUUGUAGUGGGAGCCACAUUCCCCCGUGGUGUGGGAGAGGUCCUCAGCAAGGUGACUGACCUGGGCAGCAUGGUGACUGUUAAAAGCCAGAUGCUGCAUUAUAUCAUGCCGCACGUAAAGCAGACAUUUCUCAGGGUGAAAGGUGCAGACAAGAUUCUAGAGCUGCAUCAGGCUCUGAAGAAGGCUGAACAGGAGCAUAAAGGUGUUCUCGUGUUCUGUAACUCGGCAUCCACUGUCAACUGGCUGGGCUACUUGCUGGACGAAAUGGGCGUUGGUCACAUGAGGCUCCAGGGAGAGAUGCCAGGUGCCAUGAGAGAGGGAAUAUUCAGAAACUUUCAGAGAGGAAAUGUUGAUGUUCUAAUAUGCACUGACAUUGCUUCAAGAGGCUUGGAUACACAGAGGGUUGGACUUGUUGUCAAUUAUGAUUUCCCAGAGAGCCACACAGAUUACAUCCACCGAGCGGGACGCGUAGGGAGAGCAGGUGGAGCCGGUGGAGGGGAAGUGCUCAGCUUCGUUACUCACCCCUGGGAUGUGGAACUUGUGCAGAGAAUAGAGACAGCAGCCAGGAGGAGAAUGCCUUUACCAGGGAUGGAGUCAGAAAUUCAAAAGCCCAGCCACAAAACAGACUUGAAAAUAAAUGAGCAAAAAGUACAUUAAUAAAUUAAGAUCAACAGAUGAGUCUUUCUUAAAGGAAUAUUCUGGAUUCUAAACAAGUUAAGCUCAAUGGACAGCAUUUGUGGCUUAAUGUUGAUAACAUUAAUUUAUUUACACUUGUCCCUCCUUUAAUUAAAAAAAAUAAAUAAAAAUAGCACAAAUCUGGGUUAGAAGUUUGGUGCUUACAAUGGAAGUAAAAGGAGCAAAUGUGUAAAUGUUAAAACACUCACUGUUCAAAAGUAUGGCAACAAGAUGUAAACAAUAUGCAUGUUAACAUGAUUUUAGUUUGAUAAAAUCGCUUACUAACCUUUUCUGUGUAAAGUUAUAUCCAGUUUUACCACUUUGUUGUAAACAAAGUUACUGUAAAACCGGCAAUUCAAACAACUUUACAGCUCAAAUAAUACACAAGUUUUAACAGAAGAAUUAAUGUAAGUGCUUUUAUUAAAUUGUAAUUAUGCCACAAAUGCUGGCUUGUGUUGAACCUGAACUAUUCCUUUUAUAAAAACCUUAAAGAUUUAUUAUAUGUAUUGUACUGAACUUUGAAAAUAAACCCCAAAUGACUAGAAAGGUAAUGAAAGAGCCAUCAAAUGUCAUUGGUGAAAAAGUGUGGGAACCCUGUUCCAAAACCAUAUGAUUUUGUUCUGGUAAACAUAAAAUGAGCUGCUAAGCAGCAUGUUGGUUUCAGUCACAAUUCAUAUUUUUUCCCUUCAAUGAAUGUGAAUGGUGACAGGCUUGCAGACAUAUCAUUUUUUUGGUCAACUAUCCUUUUAAAUGUACAAAUAGCUGCUGAUUGAAAUAUGUUGUGUAAUAUUUCAGCAGUGUUUGCCAUGAAUCUCCCACUGUUAUGUGUGGCUCACAGGUCAUGGCAUUAUGUGAUGUGUUUGUCUGACCCUGAAUUAUAGAUCAUAUGACAAAUAGUCUAAUUUAAAAAAAACACAAUGCCCAGACCACUAAGCUUCAAGUGUGGUAUGACUAAAAAAAACAUUUGAAUGAGGCAUAUUUACAUAUUGUACUAUUUUUUUUAGAUGAAAUACUGGUUUGUUUGUAUUAAUAUUUUAGUGCAGGUAUUGGUUAUCUUCAGUUUAAUGGGAGUUAAUGUGAUAGAAAUGUCUGAAAGUGGAGCUUCACUACCAACUGUUUAUCUUUGCACAACAGGAGGGUUGCCAUGAGAUAAAUAUGAACUUUGCAGCAGUGUUAUUGAGAAGCAAGGUUUUCAUAACAUUGAUUAGAAAAGACAUAAACAGUGUGCUGUGAGCUGCUCUGAUGGGCUAAUUUUGAAGGAAAAAGCAAUCUGGUCUGGCCAACCCAAAAGUCAAUUUUGUGAAUAAAAUGUGUUAUGUAACACAUAAAGGACAGACAAACUAUCAUGUGUACACAGGGUUGGGGAGUAACGGAAUACAUGUAACGGGAUUACGUAUUUAAAAUACAAAAUAUAAGUAACUGUAAUUCACUACAGUUACAGUUUAAAUCAUUGGUAUUUAGAAUACAGUUACAUUCAAAAAGUAUUUUGAUUACUGAAGAGAUUACUUUGCAUUUUAUUGUCAUUUGUUUCAUUUAAUAUUUAGUCCUUUCAGAUGGAAAACAUUUAUACAUAUAAAUGAUGCGAUCCAAAGUGCAUUUGAACAGCGGU